CAAAAUGCGACGGAGCUGGCGCAGAAGAGGUUCAAUGUUGAUGCAAUUAAGGCGGGGUGGUAUAGUUCGUUAUCGCAAUAUGCUGGAUUCUUUCUGGUCCCGUGUUUGGGUAUUUUCAUUGAUGUUCUCGGAAAUCGAGCAUCAGUUAUGUGCAUAUGCGGAAUUGGCAUGUUCCUAAGCAUGGCCCUAGUCAACUUUGCCAAAACGCAAGCCGGAACCGGCGCAUCGUUUGGCAUAUACGCCAUCGCGAUGUCUCUAGGUCCGACAUCCGUCAUCGACAGUAUCCGGACAACCCUCUGGCACCAAUCAGUCUUUGGAUCUGCAUAUGCACUGAAGGUUACCAUGAAUAAUGCAAUGAGCAUCAUAAUCCGAAUCAUCACCGGUGCUCUUCAAGACGCUGACAAUGACUCCUACCGCCGUGUCGUCCGUGUCUACCUCUUUCUCGCUGCUGGAUCUGUAGCGGUCGGCCUGGUGAUUCUGGUCGGGGCAAUAUUUAGCGAGAAUUUGGCGCCGUUGCAGUGGACUCGGAAGCAGAGAAUUGCCCGUGGAGAGGAUAUUGUGAUGCUCCGCGAGAAGCACCUUUUCACGCAUCGUAAUCGCAGUAGGUGGAUUGCGGUUACUUGUUUCAGCGCCCUCAUGUUGCUUACCAUUGGGAGUUGGGUGGCAUAUAUCUGGGGUGCUGUUACGGGGCACAAUUCAUAG